AUGGCGCCCCCUCGGUCAAACCGGGCUCCAGCCUCUGCUCCUAAGGGACCGUCUCGGGGCGGUAUCCAGAAGCGUGGACGGGCAGGACGGGUUGAUCAGGACGGUGAUCUUGAUAUGGACUCUGCUGCGGCUCGCCGUGCUGGCAGACCUGCCCGGAACGAACCAUCGACCGCUCGCCCUCAACGGGGCGCGCGAACAAAUGCUGCCCCUGCUAAAAGCUCGGCACGAAACCACCAGGCUAUCGCCCGCCAUCUUGAUGGCGAGGGCGCGGAUCUGAUCACCAAGAAGAAAGCACAAUCCGGUCCACUCGUUUGGCUAGAUGUCAAGGGGUUGAAGGAGAGCAAGGCUUCGAGGAACAGGGACGGUGGAAUCAGAGACCUCAUCUCGUUCAUAGAGCGCAAGGCGCAGAGCGCUGGUCAGAGGACCAAGGGUGUCAUGGUCUUGAAGGGAUGCCGAAUGGUCCAGCUGGACCUCGUCAAAACGCCACGUUCGCCGCGACGCACGAGACAACAGCCCUCGUCCAUACCGGCUGCUUAUGCCCGAAUUUCUCCCCUCGCGGCCCACGCCGUGAACGGCUUCGUGUUUGCUGGUGCCAAGCUCGAAAUCACCGACUCGGGCGGCUCUCUCGCUAAAGCCACCGAAGCCUCAGCAGCAGCACAGGACCUCAAGUCUAAACUUACCAACAUCAUGUCACAGCGUUACCUGACUGAGAACAAACUCUUGAAGCUUGACGCCUUGAACCAAGACCAGCAGCUCGUUGAGAUGGGCGUUCUUGAGUCCAAGGAUCGAGCUGAAAAGCUCGUGAAGGUCAUGAUGAAAAUCUGUGACGACCUCUUCAAGACGCCCAAGGACAAGACGGACAACAUCCACAGCAUCAGUCUCGCAAAUAAUGGCCUCGACGGUGUCGCCCAAGUCGAGGACAUUGCAGAGACAUUCCCAGACCUCCUCAACCUCGACCUCAGCGGUAACAAAAUUGCUACUCUGUCUGGUCUCAUGCCAUGGAAAGGCAGGCUUCGCAAGUUGGAUACGCUCUACAUAACCGACAACCCUAUCGACAUUGCCGAUCUCAAGGUCCAAGCAGCGUUGCUAAAGUUCUUCCCCAAGCUCACCAACAUCAACGGACAGCAAUUCACACCUGAACACCUUGCCGAGUUGCAAAAGUUUACGAGACCACGCCCUAUUCCUCAACACGGCCCCGACUUCCGCGACGCCAACGGGAUUGGCGAGAGCUUUCUGUUGGAGUUUUUCGUGGGAUUCGACACAGAUCGCCUUGGUCUACUGGCAAAGUACUACGACGACGACAGCCAAUUUUCUCUCGCCGUGGAUACGAACUCAAUCCGCGACAAGGACGCGCCGCAGCCAAUGUCCUGGUCAGCAUACAUUCCUAAGUCGAGGAAUCUGACCAGGAUCACGACCACUGCCGCGCGAGAAUCGCGUCUUCUCAGCGGUCGCGAGAUAAUUCUCAAGACUUGGAACGAGCUGCCAUCUACAAAGCACCCCGACAUCAAAGCUGAUACUACAAAGUACAUUAUGGAUUGCCAUCUUCUUCCGGGCCUGGGUGACCCGACAGGCCAGACGGGUGCUUCUCUAGAUGGUAUGGUGCUCUCUGUCCAUGGGCAGUUUGAAGAGAUGGACAAGGCGUCCAAUCAGCCAGGCCUCCGCAGCUUCUCGCGAAGCUUUGUUCUCGGUCCUGGGCGUCCAGGCAACAACCCCAUCCGCGUUGUCAGUGACAUGUUGUCUUUGCGAGCCUGGAAUGCCUUGCCAAAUGUGUUCGUCGCUGCUGCUGCUACCUCCGCCGCCGCGCCGCCGCCCGUUCCAGCCCAAGAGCAAGAGCUCCGUCAAGCGAAGAUCCUGGAGCUAUGCAAGCAAACAUCAAUGACACCCGUCUACUCGGAAAUGUGUCUCAACGACACUGCCUGGGACUUCGAUCGCGCACUGGCCGUGUUCAAUGAGAAGAAGGCACAGCUUCCUGCCGAGGCUUUCGCUGUGGUGUAG